AUGAAUCACUUCACUCUUAAUCCCAUGCCCAACUUUGGGUUCGAUUCUGUCACUAUGGGUUACAACUCGAUGACCAACAACAUCAACAACUCAAUGGUUAAUAACCUUGUAGUUGACGACUCCACAAGCAAUGACUUGAUGGAUAUUACUACAAUGACUCAGAGUCUGAUUAUCAAGGACUCUGGGGUUGACGAUUUGAUGGCGGUCGACGACAUGAUGGUUGAUGGCUCUGCUACCAACAGCCUCAUGGACAAUCACUCGGCCUACCCUCACUCGACGAAUAGCUCCACCAUUGGUUCCCCUACGACAGAUACUCCCCUCGACAUGGGAGACUCAAUUGAUACUCCCAUGGUCGAUAGUCCUAUUACCAAUGGGUCUACGACUAGUAUCUUUCCGGGAGGCAAUGCCCAUGGCAAAGACUCCAUGGGCUCUACCGCCAAUCCUCCCAUGGCCAAAAGUCUUGUCGGCAGGGAAACCGUGGUGGACAGCUCCGCGGCUCCAACCGGAGCCAAAAGCAUCUUAAAUCCCAGGCUACGAAAGUCGCUGUGGGACCAGAUGCUGUUCGUCGACGGUCCCCGAAAGGGAGAGGGUGUCUGGCUCUGCGCCCAGUGCAUCAAGCAUCUCGACCGGGAUGGAAACGAUGACCUGCGAAAGUGGCAUAUUCGGUAUGGCAUCCGUCCCGGUCUAAACAUGCACCCCGAGGCUAGGGUAAAGAGGUUGAGGUCCAGCAGCAACAACAACAUACUCGCUUCUUCCUCUGGUGCGGCCAGAAGGCACUUGCCUAGUGCUACCCCGGUCGAAGCCAUUAUCGGCCUAGGUGAUCAGCUCUAUGAAGAGCUAAAGCAAACAGCUUCUGAUGAAGCCUUCGAGGGUAUCGGUUUGGAUGAGUGGCCGAAGGAAUGGCACCCAAAUAAUCGCACUGGCGAUUUGGGAGCAUCGCACCCCAAUCCUAACAGUGGCCGUUGCGUUGUCCACAAAGAUAGGGGUGUCGCGAGCGUUCUGACGCUGUUCAUCAUUGCAACCGUCGUUUGA